GAUCAGAAUCAGAAAUAAAACAGAAUAAAAUAAAAUAAAAUAAACCCUUCUCUUCUUCGUCGAAGAUCGGAACGGAGAGUGUGGUGGUGGAACAAACGCUUAUGGUAGUAAAGAGGAAGAAGAUUGGAGGAGCAACGCUUCACCUUCUUCCUCUCGAUUUCAUGGCUGCUCCUCAGUCCCAACAUCGCACUGUCUUUGUUGGGAACAUACCAUAUGAUGCUACAGAGGAACAGCUUAAGGAAAUUUGUCGGGAGGUUGGUCCUGUUAUCAGUUUUAGAUUAGUUACUGAUAGAGAAACUGGGAAACCUAAGGGUUACGGAUUCUGUGAGUAUACGGAUGAAGAAACGGCGUUAAGUGCUCGUAGGAAUCUUCAGGGUUAUGAAAUUAAUGGACGUCAAUUACGUGUUGAUUUCGCGGAGAAUGAUAAAGGGAAUGAUAGAAAUAAAGAUCAGGGUCGCGGGGGACCAGGAAUGACAACAAAUGCAGAUCCUCAGAAACAAGUAGGCAUCCCAGCUGUUCAAGGGGAAUCCACUCAAGCAGCUCAACAUCAACCUAUGGGUCUUCAUAUUGCCGUAACAGCUGCAGCUGUCAUGACUGCAGCUCUAGGUGGUGCUCAGACUGGCAUCCCGUCAAAUCAAAAUGGUUUGCAGAGUCAGCAAGCAUUAGCAAAUGAUCCUUUAACUUUGCAUCUGGCUAAGAUGUCCAGGAGUCAGCUAUCUGAGAUAAUCUCAGAGCUUAAGGGAAUGGCUACACACAACAAGGACUUGUCUCGCCAGCUGUUGCUUUCAAGGCCACAGUUGCCUAAGGCUCUUUUUCAGGCUCAGAUAAUGCUAGGGAUGGUCAACCCCCAAAUGUUACAAAUGCCAAACCUUAGACAAGUUUCAGAUCAACCCUCGCAGUCUUUAAUGAAUGAAGGCCACCUUGGUCAGACUCAACAAACAUUGGUUCCGACUGUGGCUGGUCUACCUCCUUAUGGACAGAGCAAGUUGCAGUUUGGCUUGACACCUUAUAUUCAAGAAGGCCAAGUCAGCACUCUCCCUCAUAACCCUUCGGUUCCUAGUCAAUUGACCGCAAAUCCAAAGCCUCCUCUGCAGCCCAGAAUUCCCCCUCAACAUCAUCAAAGCAACCAUUUUGUACAGCCUGGAGCAGGGCAGAAUAAUUUAAUACUUCCUUCCAUACGUCCCCCAACUACGGGCAAUUUUUCUGCUAGGCCUCCAUUUCAACAGGCAAAUUCAACUGUCGUGAACCAGCAACCGCAUGCCUCAUUUCUACAACAACCAGUACGUGUUGGAAGCUCAACUGUCUCACAUAAUAUUCAUAUGGUUCGUCCAGAUGCAAGCUUUCAGGCUGGUCCCUCCAUGCCAUCUGGUGUUUCUCAGUUAUUUAGCAAGGAAGGUGAUAGACCUUCCAACGCUCUUGAGGAUUGGGCCAAGAGUAGUAGUAAAUAUUCCAACAUAUCUUUCGGAGUAGAGAAUACAGGCGUGGUUCAUGAUAAUCCAGAAUCCUUUACUCGACCAUCAAAGCUCACUAGAUUGAAUGAUGGAAGGGGUCUCUCUGCUGGGACUUCAGACGUACCUAUUUCCAACGGAUCAUCCCAUGUUCUCGGAAGUAGCUCAUUACCUGUACCUGCAGUUCCUAAAGCAGAUGUGCGGCACUCUGAUCAACAAUCUUCACAGCUUCCAUCUGAUGUGGAGUCUGUUUUACUGCAACAAGUGUUGAAUCUAACACCAGAGCAAUUGAGUUCUUUGCCACCAGAGCAGCAACAACAGGUCAUUCAGCUCCAACAAGCGCUUAAGCGAGAUCAGAUGCAGCACUCAUAACACACAGGAACAGAUAAUUGAAAUAUGCAGCAGCUAUUUAUUUCCGGCGAAUGUGGUCUGUUUUGCCAACUCAAUUUCCGGAAGAUGGUUUGACAGAAACCGAGUCUGCCGCUUGUACAUUAGCAUUUGAUGUAGAUUAGGUUCAGAGUAUCGAAAUUCUUUUUUUCAGUUUUCAUUUUUUUUUUGUAAUUGUUUUCUAAUUACAUGUCUAAACAUUUAUUGUUGCGGUGAGAAGCUCCAAAUGAGCGUGUACGAGAUCAUUAGAAAAGAUAUGCUGUACUGUACCAUAAUAAUAAUAAUAAAUAAUAAUAAUUAUGCUGGUUGAAAUUUUGCAAUC